UUACUUACCGCAGCCCACCAUCUCCUCUCCUCCUUCCCAGAUACCAUUCCCUCCACCUCCCCCUAUAAACCACCGCAAGGACACUCACAGAGAGAGGCAACAGCACUCAGCAGCGAGCAAGAAACAAACGCUCGAGCGAGGCAAAGCAAAGCAUUUUCCCAAGCUUGCCGUACGUGCAGUGCACUCUUCUCCUUCUCGCUUCCGGUGAUAUAAGUUGUUGCCGGAGUCGGGGGCCAUGUCUGUGUCGUCGGUGCUGUCGUCGUUCCUGUACGGCUGCUUCAACCCUGCGGGCGGGCGGUACCACCACCACCGCGCCGGAGCCUACUACCACAGCAGCCACCCCACGAGCGCCGACACCAUGUACUACAACCAGAGCGGGUUCGCCGGCGGCCGCAGGAUGGGCCGGAGCAGCAGGCCGCUGUCCCUGCAGACGGUGGAGCUCAAGGUGCGGAUGUGCUGCUCGGGGUGCGCGCGGGUGGUGAAGCACGCGCUGACCAAGCUGCGCGGGGUGGACAGCGUGGAGGUGGAGGUGGAGAUGGAGAAGGUGACGGUGACCGGGUACGUGGAGCGGCACCGGGUGCUCAAGGAGGUGCGGCGCGCCGGGAAGAAGGCCGAGUUCUGGCCCAACCCGGACCAGCCGCUGCACUUCACCACCGCCAAGGACUACUUCCACGACCAGGAGUCGUUCCGCCCCAGCUACAACUACUACCGCCACGGCUACAACGGCGACAAGCACGGCCACCUCCCGGAGCCCCACCGCGGCUCCGACCCCGUCAGCAACAUGUUCAACGACGACGACGUCAACGCGUGCUCCAUCAUGUAGUAGCAAAUCAUCCUCUGGAGGUCGUCUAGUGCUCUCGGCGCCGGCCGGGGCCGGGGAAGAUAGACAAGUGGGCCGCGUGCUCUCUGCUCCUGUAAAGCUAGCGUUGUGGUAUGGACGAUGGAAUGAUCAGUGGUGCCCUCUACGGGCUACACAACGUAGUACGUGCUGUCGAAUAUC